AUGGAUUCUUUAUUAUCAGCUAUUAAUUUACCUAUUUCCCCUAAAAGAGAAAGUGAUAAUGAAACGAAGAAAGAAAUUAAUCAUUCUGAAAUGGUAUUUAAAGAAGAAAAUAAUAUAUGUGAAGAAAAUAAAGAAGAAGGUAGUGUAACAUCAAACUCUUCCACAGAUACAGAUGAAUCUUUUAAAAAAUUUACAACACCUUCAAUAACUCAUCCAUUUAAUUUUGCUGUAGCAGCAGCUGCUGCAGGUCUCUCACAACCAUAUACAAACAAUUUAUUUUUACAAUCACAACUUCUUCAUCCAAAUUAUAUGCCAAAUAUUGCUGCAAUGACAGCAGCAAUAAAUGCUGCAACAUCAAAUAAUUUUAAUAUUUCAUCUAAUGUUGAAAAUACACAAUCAAAAGAUAUUUUACCAUUUAACAAUAAUCCAUCAACUACAGUAUCUGUUAAUAUGUUAACUAGUGGAAAAACUUCACAAUCUUCUAAUAAUCUUUUUCAUUCAUCUAAUCUUUUUGAUACUCAUCAUAUAUUAGGAGGAAAUCAUAAUAAUUUAGUUGGUAAAAAUUCACAUUCAUCUACAUCAUUAUCAUGUGCUGUUUGUGGUGAUGUUUCAUCUGGAAAACAUUAUGGUAUUCUUGCAUGUAAUGGAUGUUCAGGAUUUUUUAAAAGAUCUGUAAGAAGAAGAUUAAUAUAUAGAUGUCAGGCUGGAACAGGAAAUUGUAUUGUUGAUAAAGCUCAUAGAAAUCAAUGUCAAGCAUGUAGAUUAAAAAAAUGUAUUGCUAAAGGAAUGAAUAAAGAUGCUGUUCAAAAUGAACGACAACCAAGAAAUAUGGCUACAAUAAAAAAUCCCUCAGAUUUAGCAAUGAGAAAUGGUAAUAUAUUUGGUGAUGGUAGUGGAGCACUAGCAACAACAGCUGUUGAUGUAUUAAAAGUAAAUAAUGAAUAUUCAUGUGAAAAUAUUUCAAAAUCAUUAUCACCAAUAAAAAAUGAUAUAUCACCGGAGACAAGUGAAUUGGCAGCAAGAAUUCUUUAUAUGUCAAUAAAAUGGGCUAAAAGUUUACCAUCUUUUAAUCAAUUAUCCUCAUCAGAUCAAAUAUUAUUAUUAAUAGCAAAUUGGUGUGAUCUCUUUAUUUUAUCUGCAUUACAAUUUUCUUCAAGUAUGGAAAAAUUUCCUCUUAUAAAUGAGACAAAUUUUUUCUUUGAAAAUGAUAAUAAUAAUAUGUCAAAAGAAGAAAGUAUUGGUAUGUUAUCAAUACAAAAUCUUUUUAAUUUUAUAAAAGCUGAUAAUGUUGAUCAAGGAGAAUUUGCUUGUCUUAAGACACUUGUCUUAUUUCGACCUGAAAUUCAUGGAUUAACAGAUAUAUGUUUAGUUGAAAGUUUACAAGAUCAAGCACAAAUGAUGUUAGGACAACAUACUGGUAAGACAAGUUCUAAACCUACAAGAUUUGGAAAAUUAUUGUUAUUUUUACCACUUCUUAAGACAAUUGACAAAAGAAUUGUUAAAAAUGAACUUUUAGGGAGAGCUUUUAGAAAUACACCAAUUGAAAAAGUAAUACAAAAUAUACUUAAUGAUUAA